CUAAAGUUGAAAAUAAGCCAUUUGAGAGCGUAGAUUACUCGAACGGACUGCACUUGGCACCUAUGGUGAGGAGUGGUACAUUACCAACCCGGCUCGUCAGUUUGGAGUACGGUGCAAAGCUUGUCUGGACGCCUGAAGUGAUAGACAAGGCUAUAAUAGGAUCACAUAGGGUCUACAAUGCGAAAACUGGUGUAAUAGAUUACAUAAAAGAAUCAGAAAAUAAGCCAGUUUGGAGCACACAUGCGUUGGAGAGGCCACACGUUAUAUACCAAAUUGGUUCAUCCACCCCAGAACUCGCGGUCGAGGCUGCAAAGACAAUAGAGCAGGAUGUCGCUGGUAUAGACCUCAACUGUGGCUGUCCGAAGCAUUUUUCCGUACAUGCUGGUAUGGGUGCAGCUCUACUGACAAAUCCUGAUAACCUUGUUGCAAUCCUGAACGCACUCUGUGAGGCACUCCCCCAUAAAUCAAUCAGCUGCAAGAUAAGAAUGCUGUCUACUCAGGAGGAGACCAUAAAACUCAUCGAACGGAUUUGCAGCACUCCAAUAAAAGCUAUAACAAUACAUUGCCGGACAAAAUCCAUGCGUCCAAGUGAGCCAGCCCAACAUGACCGGUUGGUUGAGAUACGUGAAGCUAUUGAGAAACUGAGACCGGACGUGGCUGUUGUAUGCAAUGGUGACGGUACGAAUUACAAACAGGCACAGGAUAUAAUGAAAAAGACAGGGGUGAAUGCAGUCAUGAUUGCUCGUGGCGCAGAGGCUAACCCAACAUGUUUCUCGAAAGAUGGCCCUGUCAAAAUAGGCGCUUAUUGGUUACAAGUUGCACAUGCAAUAGAGAAUAUAUUCCCAGCUACAAAGUUCUGCACCGGACAGUUCACACCUUUCGCUAAAUAUGGGCAGAUAAGGAAAAAAGAUAGAGCACAACUCAAUCAGGCUAUAUCACAAGCGAAAUCAAAUGAGCAGCUCGCUGAAGCAUACCAGAUUACGCUCACAAAUGAGAAAGGUCUGGAUGGCGAGAUGUUUGAGAAUAUGAGGAAGGUUAUUGAACGCCGCAAGAGCGUGCUAUAAUGAUAAUUAAAUAGAUUUUGUUGUACAAUAUAGUAAAUUAUAGAAUAUAUACACC